AUGACGUUAUCUAUAGGUUAUUAUUUUAUUUUUACAGUAUUAUUACUGACUAUUAGUACUCGACCAGUAGAUGGACACUUUUUCAAUUGGUUAUGGCAUAAAAUAGAGAAAGUAUUUAAUAAUGAAAAAGUAAGAACAUUUUCUUGUGGUUUAUCCGAUUAUACACAAAUUAUUCCAUCAGCUAUUGAUCAACCGAGAAUAACGGGUGGAAUAUCUGCUACUGAACACAGCUGGCCAUGGGUGGUCAAUAUUAUCAAUUUAAGAUCAUUAAAAAGUUGUGGUGGAACAAUUGUCAGUCAUGAUACAGUAAUAACUGCGGCACAUUGUAUUGUCGAUGAUAUUGAUAUGAUUAAAGUGAUAGCCGGUGCUCAUAAUUUAUUUGGUCGUUUAAAUUUAUUUAAUUAUUAUUCGAUUGCAUCUUAUAUUAUUCAUCCUGAUUAUGUUAAUUGUUGUGAUUAUGAUUUAGCAGUGAUUAAAAUGAAAAAAUCAUUUGAACGAAGUGAAACAAUUAAUACAAUAUGUUUACCAACAAAUAAAAAUGAACAAUUAAAAAUGAAUACACCUGCAAUUACAGUUGGAUGGGGUGGAAAAUUUCAUAGUGGUAGUUUAAAUUCAUUUGGUUCAUUUUCAUUAAAACAAGGUCUCGUUAAUAUUAAAUCAGCUGACUAUUGUAAACAAACAUAUUCAACAUUUAAUCCAAUUGAUGAAUUGUGUGCAACCAAUCUCGUCGAUAAUGUGGAUGCACGAGAAGGUGAUUCAGGAGGCGCAUUAAUGGUAAAAAAUCAAACAGAUAAUCGUUGGUAUCUGUACGGUGUAACAUCACAUGGAUCGAACAGUGAAACAAUAAAACCUGGCGUUUAUUCAUCAACUAUUAAUAAAUUAGAUUUCAUUGAUAAAUAUUUAUAA